GCAAAUCUGGACUUGGAUUUAACUCCAAUCAGCAAUCCGCCCAUCACCUCAGCAAAGUGGUACCACGGAAAAUUUGAUCCUCAAAAUCUCGGGCCAUGGACUGAGAUUACAGAGAGGGUGACAGUUGAGGCAGGCACCCCGGCUAGACUUCGCCUACCGAGAGUUGGGGUUGAACAUAUGGGCAGCUACAAAAUCACUGGAAUCAACUCAAUUGGCACUACAGACUUUGUCUUCUUCCUCAAUGUUACUCAUUGGAUGAGACAGGUUGUCUCUGUUAACGUCAAGAUUAUAAGAAAACCCAACGCUCUCGGUGUCCUAAUCCAUUGUAUCAUGACUUUCAUCGGUCCAUGGGAUCGUAAAUACUUCAAAAUACCUCAAUCAAUUUUCCCUUUUCUCACACGAAGCCAGAAAUUACCUGGAAAGAAUUUCUCCCUAACCAAGCCGGAGAGAUUGAGUGAAAUUUUCUCUCCACGUGGUAGACGGAAGAAGGAAACAGGCAAACUCGAUUAG